GACGUGACGCGUUUCCAUAUGGCGGACUACAGGCCCCAGGGGGCGCCGCGGGACGGCGGCUAUGUCCGUGCCGCUGCAGGACAUGGCGGCGGUGGCUGCCCCCGAGUACGAGGUGGGGGAGCUGCACAGCCGAGUCUUCUGUGUCGGCGCCCUGGGCCGCGGCUGGCGGCAGCAGCUGGGGCCCCCCGACCUCUCUCUGGCGGCGGAGGAGGAGGAAGAUGAGGAGGAGGGGGACAUGGCCGUGGCGGAGGAGCUGGGCUGCGCCUUGGAGACGGCGGCCGAGCUGCGGGCCGUCUGCAGUGUUGAUAUGUUAAUGUCUUCUGAUAAAGAAGAGGACCCAGAAGUUAUUCCUGAAGAUAGCAGUUUACUAACUCUUCGAAUUAGAAGGAAGGCACUAGAGAGGAGAGAAGAAAGAAUCAUCGUGGAUCGGGCUUGCAGGCAAGAAACUCUUGCCUAUGAGAUGGAGUCACAUGCAAUUGGAAAGAGGCCAGACAAUCCAGUAGACCUAGUAGAAGGGGGAGAACUGCUUUUAACUCUGAACAUUUUCUAUCCUGUCAUACUUCAGAAGCAUAAAGAUCACAAACCCUAUCAGACAGUCCUUGUACUGGGCAGCCAGAAGCUCACUGAACUCAGAGACUCAAUUUCCUGCGUCAGUGACCUCCAGAUAGGUGGAGAGUUCAGCAGUCAGCCAGAUCAAGCACCAGAGCACAUCAGCAAGGAUCUCUACAAAUCUGCUUUCUUUUAUUUUGAAGGCAUCUUUUAUAAUGAUAGAAGAUAUCCAGAGUGCAGAGAUCUGAGCAGAACAGUCAUUGAGUGGUCAGAAGCCCAUGACAGAGGCUAUGGAAAUCUUCAGUCUGUUAAAAUGGAGGACUACACAUUUAAUGAUUUGUCCCUCAAAAUUGGCUUUCCAUACCUUUUCUGCCACCAAGGGAACUGCGAGCACAUCGUUAUCAUCACGGAUAUAAGGCUUAUUCAUCAUGAUGAUUGCCUGGACAGGAACCUCUAUCCCUUGUUAAUCAAGAAACACUGGUUAUGUACCAGAAAAUGCUUUGUAUGCAAAAUGUAUACAGCCAGGUGGGUAACCAACAAAGACAGUCUGGCACCAGAGGAUCCUUGUUUCUUCUGUGACGUUUGUUUUCGAAUGCUCCACUAUGAUGCGGAAGGCAGUAAACUGGGGGAGUUUCUUGCAUAUCCUUAUGUUGAUCCUGGGAUUUUCAACUAAAACUUGCAUGAUUCAGUGGACUACAUCGAUGAAUCUGUUGCUCUAGCUGCUAAAACCACCAAACAACUUGAGUGUUGAGCAUACUGUAGGAUUUUUGGUUAAACUUUUAAUUCCUAUGAGGAGGAAGGAGCUCUUUGCACUUAAAAUCUUUUUGGUAUACCUUUACAUCCACAGAGAUAAGUUAGCAUGGAAAAAUAUGCUCAGGUGUGUAUUUUAAUACAGUACAUUUUUAAUAUACUUUUACUACAGUACAGUAGUUUGGAGAUUAGACUCUCAAAAUCUGGAUGUUUUGAAGAGAAUGCCCUGAGAAUGCCCGUGUAAAAGCUGGUAGGGUUUUUGUUUGUUUUUGUUUGGGAAAUCCUUUGCAUCCAAGGCUCUGUUAACCUCAAAGGAUGACAGAAUGGUCUUUGGGCAUUUUACCUGGAAAACUGGCAGUUGUCAUCUCUGAACAAGGUUGGAAAUCGGUGCGAUGAAUUUGCUGGGAGGAGAAUGCUCCCCAGGAGACAGCUCAUAGUGUUGGUUAUCUUCUAGGUCUUCCCAUUAAAAAGUGGGUGCUUUUAUCUGUAAGCUCCUGCUGUCCUUGCACGUUGACUCUGAGGGCUUAUUCUGUGAAGAGCAAACCUCAUUUCACCAACUACUGAACUGUAGUCUGCCUUUCAAAUAACUUGAUUAACUAUGUUUACAGUGUAUGUAGUUGUAAAUGUUCAAAAUUAGUGUUCAUUGUGUACUUUUUUAUAUUUUUGUUGUUUCUAUUAAAAUGUGAGCAAUUUGUA